AUCCAACUCCUCGUUCACGACUCCUUAGAAUUGCAAGUGUAGAAUUCGCACACUUUUCUCGAAUCUUAGUGAUUGAUUCUCUGAAUCCUAUUCAUUUUUUCUAGACAAUUUUUGGGACUUUGAUAAUAACAAGGUUCUUUCUUUAUUAUCAUAUAUGCAACGUGCUCAAGUUUCAGAAGCAUUUUCCUUUGAAAUUUGGUUCGGGUUUUCUCCUCUGUCAAGGGAGAAUAGGGCAAGAUCAUCUUCACUACGUCAAUUGUUUCUAGAUACUAAUUAUUCGUCGUGUAGCCUUACCCACCAUUUUGAGUAUGAUGAUCCAGUUUCUUCUUGUAAUUGGGUUGCUAUUGAGUUCAUAUGUGGAAUCGAACUUAAUCUUCCCAAAACCUAACAUAUUUAUCUUGGCCGGACAAAGUAAUAUGGCCGGCCGAGGUGGAGUGAAAAAAGGUGUUUGGGAUGGGAAUGUUCCCCCGGAGUGCCAACCAAAUCCAUCCAUUCUCCGGCUCUCUGCAAACUACAUCUGGGAGGAAGCGAAAGAGCCACUGCAUAAGGACAUUGACGUGGCAAAACCUGCAGGGAUUGGUCCAGGUAUGCCGUUUGCAAAUUCGGUGCUGCGCAAGGACCCGUAUAUCGGGUUUAUCGGUUUGGUGCCCUGUGCUAUCGGAGGUACGCAGAUAAGUGAAUGGGAGCGUGGUACUCAAAAUUACAACCGGUUAAUUGAUAGAACAAGAUUCGCCAUGAGAAGUGGAGGAUUUAUCCGAGCAAUCUUGUGGUAUCAAGGUGAGAGUGAUACUAAUACUGACGUGGAUACCAUCUCCUACAAGAAGAAACUGGAAAAAUUCUUUUUAGAUGUUCGAGCAGAUUUGCUUUUGCCAUUUCUUCCUAUUAUUCAGGUGGCGAUAAUAUCUGGAAUUAACACAAAGGAUAUUGACAUUGUACGACAAGCACAAUUGAAAACCAGACUUCCAAACGUGCGAUGCGUCGAUCCCAAAGGCCUCCCACUAAAAGAUGAUUAUUUGCAUCUUACAACCCCAUCCCAAGUCAAGCUUGGACAAAUGUUGGCUGCUGCUUUUCUCAAGUUUCCUAACUCAGUUUCAGGUAAUGCUCCAUAAAUUUUCUGACUAUUUUUCUCCUUUAUUUAAUUAAGCGCGAGAAAUCAAAUUUAUUUUCUAGUUUAUUUGGCUCAUUGCAACUAUAAGUAUUCUUGAAAUUAUUGACAUCAGCUCUUGUUUUAGCAGAAAAGUGGAAUAACACAAAACCUUGAUAAGAGGACGAGACAACAGCUGAUUUGGAGGGGACAAUAAUGUUUCUGCUUUUGGUCUUACCAUCAUCAUCAUCAUCAUCAUCAUCAUUAUUGUUGUUGUUGUUGUUGUUGUUGUUGUUAUUAUUAUUAUUAUUUGGGUUCAACUACUUAUAUGUACCUUUUUGUUGUAAUUAUGC